AUGAGCAGUUUGGACAUUUUCUCGGUCCCAUCGACCGACUAUGAUUUGCAGGGCUACAAAAUGGUGCCCUACCACAAAUUGAGUGCUAGCAUCACCCCGAUGAAGUUCUCGGUGCAGGCCUUGGAAGAUUACGUGGAUUUGAAUCGCAGUUAUUUUGUCGUCGACUUGCGUUUGUCCACGUCGGGUCAGAACGGUAUCGUGGCCGAUGCCAAUUCGGCGUCGAAUGCCAACAACACCAAGUUCACGUACGCCGUCAACAACCUGGCCCACACCAUCUUCAAGCAGAUCAACGUGCGGUUCAAUGGUACCCUGAUGACCGAACAGACCGACACCUAUCCCUACUCGGCCUAUUUCCAGACCCUGCUCAACUACAGCCAGGAUGAUGGAGAGACGUUGCUGGCCCCUCAAGGUUGGGUCAAUUUCUUGAACGUGACCCCGACGCUGGCCGCCGCGGGCGGCGACGACGACAUCAGUACCACGGCGGGCUGGGCUCACAAUAACGAAAACCUGCUCAAGACCUUGACGACCCCUUUCCGGGGCAAUGCUGUGGUCCGGAUGAUCAUGCGGCCGUACCUACCCAUGUUCCAUACAGGCAAGAUCAUGGUGCCCGGGGUGGAAAUGAAUUUUGAGUUCCACUUCAACAGUCCCGAUUUCUACACCUUUGCUACCCUGACCAGUGGCACCGGCGUCAAGAACUACGUUCGGUUGCGAGAAGAAGAUGUGGACAUCACCUUGCAUUUGUGCCGACUGAAUCUCAACCCGGAUGUCUACGGCUCCCUGGAACGGCAACGCAAGCUCAGCAAACAGGUGGUCAAGUACCCGGUGGUGAGUGAUCAGAUUCGCACGUUCUCGUUCAACGGGGCCACCACCGUGUGGAUGGAAGAUAAUCUCUUUCUGGGUAGGGUCCCCCAACGCAUGAUCGUGGGGAUCUUGGACAGCACGGCCUUCAAUGGGGCCAAGGAAAAGUACCCGUUUGCCUUCCAGAGCAAAGGGGUGACCUCCAUUCGACAGUUUAUCGAGGGAGAAGAGUACCCGUACGUCACCCUGGAAUUCGCCGGCAAUAAUACCCUGAAAGAUUGGGAAGGCUAUCGUCGCUUCUUGGACGCGGCCGGGUCCGUGGCCAAACAUCGCGAGUUUAUGGUCAAACCGGGCGAUUGGGGGCACAACAAGAAUUGUACCCUGUACAUGUGGAACAACGUGCCCAGCGGGAACGCCGAUGGUCCCCAACUCAAUCCCAAGCAGACCGGCAACGUGCGGCUGGAGAUCAAGUUCCGAGCGGCCCUGAAUGCCAACAUCACCAUCUUGGUGUGGGGCGAAUUUGAAAGCGUCAUCUACAUCGAUCACCUGGGCGCCGUGGCGUAUGAUAACAAAGUGUAAAGGGUUCCAGGGCGUAGUUGGACCAUGGAACUGGUGGCGUUGAGCGAUCGUCAAUUGAGAGCCUUGGCGCUCUCCGACCCCGAGUUGAAGCGCGUGUUCCAAGGCGUCUAUCCCUCCGAUCGAUUGCCCGAGCGUCCACCCAAGACCACCCGAGGCGCCUACAUCGUCAACACGGACCCGGCCGGCGAACCGGGUUGGGUCUCUGGACGGAGCAGGGGGUGUGCGACGUGAUGGAUAGUUACGGGUUGCCGUUGACCGUCUACGACGCCCCGGGCUUGCACGAGUGGAUCGCCAAGCAUUGGAAGUACGUAGUGCGUAGCGACAGGACCCUGCAGGCCUACGACAGUCGGGCCUGUGGCCACUAUGCCUUUACCUACCUGCAAGACCGCGUGCGUGGACGGUCCUUG